UCUCUCUUUGGCUUUCGUCUCUUCUUCUAUAAUAAUAUCGGCACAACACCGAAGAAAGAAAGAAAGAGAGCAGAAGAAGAAGAAGAGAAUGAGAGAGAAGGAGAGGAAUAGGAGAAUAGCGAUGUAUAGAGAGGAAGAGAAGAAGGAGAUGGAGAGGCGGAGAGACAUUUAUUUGUCUCGUUUACAGUCGUCUCCUUUGGAGAAUAGCUUUGAGAUUCCCGACGAGCAAGGGGAUGCUGGUCGUCGUGGAGACCAACAACAACCCGACCCGGAAGCUGUAGAGAACGAACCUACUGAGGAUCUACGUCAAGAGACGGUUGAGAAGAAGGACGAAAAAGAAGAAGUGAAACGCGACAACGAAGCGGAGGAAAAAGUUGUAGAAGAAGAAGAGGAAGAUAAGGGAGAUGUUGGUGAUGAAGAAGCAGAAGAAGAAGAGAAGGAAGAAGAAGAAGAGGAAGAGGAAGAAGAAGAGGAAGAGGAAGAAGAAGAAGAUUCUAAGGAGAAAAGUCCAUCAGGAGGAGACAAAUCAGAGUUUAUGGAAAUUGAUCUAGGGGAAAUUCGUAAAGAUGUUCAGUGUCCUAUCUGCUUAGGAAUUAUAAAGAAAACAAGGACUGUGAUGGAAUGCCUGCACCGGUUCUGCCGGGAAUGUAUUGAUAAGUCUAUGAGAUUGGGGAACAAUGAAUGCCCUGCCUGCAGGAAACAUUGUGCAAGCCGACGUUCUCUUAGAGACGAUCCAACGUUUGAUGCUCUUAUUGCAGCUUUGUUCACAAAUAUUGAUAGCUAUGAGGAAGAGGAAUUCGCUUUUCACGAAGAUGACAAGGCUCGUAAUAAGCAGAUUCAAGCAUCUAUAGCUGAAAUAUCACAAAGACAAUCAGAGGCUCUUGUGAAAAGAAAAUCUUUUGGUAAGGAGGCUGCAGUUUUAAUGAGGUCACAGCGUAGUGGCAGUGGCUCCAGGAGGAGAAGAAACGGCAGAAACAUGGAACAAAACGAUGUUGAAGCCCAUGAAGACGAUGAUAAUAAUGAAGAUAAUAACAACGGAGGAGGCAGAGAUUCGUCUUCAGAUGAGCAUGGUGCAGAAGUCCGGCUGAGAAAACGUAGGAAACGGUCUGCAAGUCGUUCAACACAGCACCCGUCUUCUUCAGGUGCCAACAACAACAAUGGUAACUGCGGAGAUAACGACACAGAAGCGUAUAGAGACAGCAGCAAAGGACUAUCUUCGGGGCUUGUGUGGAAUCCGGAGAUGCUUGCUUGGGGAAGAAGUGCUACAAGGAGUAACCCAAGGCAUGAGAAUAAUACACAGGGAGGUAGUAGUAAGAGUGUGAGGAAUGCUCGCGUUAAUAAACUUGUGGAAUAUCUACGCAGCACCAUAGAUGGAAACAAUGUUGAGGAGGACAUUAAUCUCAAGCUUGUCUCAGUGGAUGCUACAUGUGUACCAGACUUACCACAGCCAUAUCUCCAAUGCAGACCCACCUUGCUCGUGAAGCAGCUCCGUGAAUUUGUGGCACUUCAGACGCAUUUGAAGACUGAAGAGGUUGAAUUGUUGGUAACAAGAGGAUUAGGAGGAGAAAAUAAGGCAAUCGAGACUCUUCCUGUAGUGGCUUCAGCCUCCAAAGAUGAGAUGCAAAGUCUGGAAGACGAUGAAACAUUGUCAAGGCUCAAAACCGAUUCCAAUUCAAGCCAUGAACAACAUUUGGUAUAG